CUUCUUCUUCACUUACUACCAUCUCCACACUCCUCACACCAUCUCUCUCACACAACACAGCCCUAAUCUCUCACAGACAAUAGAGAGAGAGAGAUAUAGCAAGAAAAAAAAAUGAAACUUUUUCUUCUCCUUCUAUUUCUCCUCCACAUUUCUCAUUCCUUCACCACGAGCCGACCAAUCUCCGAGUUCCGUGCCCUUCUCUCACUCAAAUCCUCUCUCACCGGCGCCGGAAGUGAUGACAAGAACUCGCCUCUCUCCUCUUGGAAAGUCUCGACAAGCUUCUGUACAUGGGUUGGUGUCACGUGCGACGUCUCUCGCCGUCACGUGACCUCUCUUGAUCUCUCCGGUCUCAACCUCUCCGGUACUCUCUCCCCAGACGUUUCGCAUUUGCGUCUUCUUCAGAACCUCUCGCUUGCUGAAAACCAGAUCUCCGGUCCGAUUCCGACGGAGAUCUCGAAUCUCUCCGGUCUUCGUCACCUGAAUCUCUCCAACAACGUCUUCAACGGUUCCUUCCCCGAUGAGCUUUCGUAUGGAUUAGUGAAUCUCCGAGUCCUCGAUGUUUACAACAACAAUUUGACCGGAGACUUGCCGGUUUCCGUCACCAAUCUGACUCAGCUCCGGCAUCUUCACCUCGGCGGGAACUACUUCGCUGGAAAGAUCCCGCCUUCGUACGGAAGCUGGCCGGUUAUCGAGUAUUUAGCUGUCUCCGGCAACGAGCUCGUCGGUAAAAUUCCUCCAGAGAUCGGGAACUUAACAACUCUCCGAGAGCUUUACAUCGGCUACUACAACGCUUUUGAAAACGGUUUACCUCCAGAGAUCGGAAAUUUAUCGGAGCUUGUCCGAUUAGACGGUGCUAAUUGCGGAUUAACCGGAGAGAUUCCGCCGGAGAUCGGGAAGCUUCAGAAGCUCGACACGCUUUUCUUGCAAGUGAAUGUCUUCUCCGGUCCGUUAACUUGGGAGCUAGGAACGCUUUCGAGCUUAAAAUCAAUGGAUUUGUCUAACAACAUGUUCACCGGAGAGAUUCCAGCAAGUUUCGCAGAGCUUAAAAACCUCACGCUUUUGAAUCUUUUCAGAAACAAACUUCACGGCGAGAUACCGGAGUUCAUCGGAGUCUUGCCGGAGCUUGAGGUGUUACAGCUUUGGGAGAACAACUUCACCGGAAGCAUCCCGCAGAAGUUAGGGGAAAAUGGUAAACUCAAUCUCGUCGAUCUCUCUUCCAAUAAGCUCACCGGAACUUUACCGCCGAACAUGUGCUCCGGUAACAAGUUAGAGACUUUAAUCACUCUUGGAAACUUCCUCUUUGGUUCAAUCCCUGAUUCUCUUGGUAAAUGUGAGUCUUUGACCCGGAUCCGAAUGGGUGAAAAUUUCCUCAACGGGUCAAUCCCUAAAGGACUAUUCGGAUUACCCAAGUUAACUCAAGUGGAGCUCCAAGAUAACUAUCUCUCCGGACAAUUACCGGUGGCAGGAGGUGUCUCCGUCAAUCUAGGUCAGAUCAGUUUAUCAAACAACCAGCUUUCAGGUCCAUUACCUCCGGCGAUUGGAAACUUCACUGGCGUUCAAAAACUUCUCCUUGACGGAAACAAGUUCGAAGGUCCAAUUCCUUCAGAGGUAGGGAAGCUUCAGCAGCUCUCUAAGAUUGACUUCAGUCACAACUUGUUCUCCGGAAGAAUCGCGCCAGAGAUCAGCCGUUGUAAGCUCUUAACUUUUGUCGAUCUGAGCCGGAACGAGCUCUCUGGUGAAAUCCCAAACGAGAUCACUGGUAUGAAGAUAUUGAAUUACUUGAAUCUGUCGAGAAACCAUCUGGUUGGAUCAAUCCCUGGUUCGAUCUCGUCAAUGCAGAGCUUAACAUCACUUGAUUUCUCUUACAACAAUCUCUCUGGUUUAGUUCCGGGAACCGGACAGUUCAGUUACUUCAACUACACAUCUUUCUUGGGCAAUUCUGAUCUCUGUGGUCCUUACCUUGGCCCUUGUAAAGAUGGUGUUUCUAAAGGAGCUCACCAGAGUCAUAGCAAAGGACCUCUAUCAGCUUCUAUGAAGCUAUUGCUAGUCCUUGGACUACUCGUAUGUUCGAUUGCUUUCGCGGUUGCAGCCAUAAUCAAAGCUAGGUCAUUGAAAAAGGCGAGCGAGUCACGAGCUUGGAGAUUAACAGCUUUCCAGAGACUAGACUUCACAUGUGAUGAUGUCUUGGAUUCUCUCAAAGAAGACAACAUUAUUGGCAAAGGAGGAGCCGGUAUUGUCUACAAAGGCGUAAUGCCUAACGGUGAUCUAGUCGCGGUUAAAAGACUAGCUGCAAUGUCUCGUGGAUCUUCCCACGACCACGGAUUCAACGCAGAGAUUCAAACCUUAGGGAGGAUAAGACACAGACACAUCGUGAGGCUUCUCGGUUUUUGCUCUAACCACGAGACAAAUCUUCUUGUCUAUGAGUACAUGCCUAAUGGUAGUCUCGGUGAGGUGCUCCACGGCAAGAAAGGAGGACACUUGCAUUGGGACACACGUUACAAGAUUGCUCUUGAAGCUGCAAAAGGACUUUGUUAUCUUCAUCACGACUGUUCACCUUUGAUCGUUCACAGAGAUGUCAAAUCAAACAACAUCCUCCUCGAUUCAAACUUUGAAGCCCAUGUGGCUGACUUUGGUCUCGCUAAGUUCCUUCAAGAUUCCGGUACUUCUGAAUGUAUGUCUGCAAUCGCUGGAUCAUACGGCUAUAUUGCUCCAGAAUAUGCGUAUACGUUGAAGGUAGAUGAGAAGAGCGAUGUGUACAGUUUCGGUGUGGUUCUUUUAGAACUCGUCACCGGAAGAAAACCCGUCGGGGAAUUCGGAGACGGUGUCGAUAUCGUUCAAUGGGUUCGUAAAAUGACAGACUCGAACAAAGAGUCGGUUCUGAAAGUGCUUGAUCCGAGACUUUCUUCGAUUCCGAUUCAUGAAGUGACGCACGUCUUCUACGUCGCGAUGCUCUGUGUUGAAGAACAAGCUGUUGAGAGGCCGACGAUGAGAGAAGUCGUUCAGAUUCUCACCGAGAUCCCGAAGUUGCCACCGUCGAAGGAUCAGACGACGACGGAAUCGACGCCGGAGAGUGAGCUUUCGCCGAAGGCCGGUGGCGAAGGUCCACCGGAUCUGCUUAAUCUAUGAAAAGUUUUUCCCGGAGGUAAAGUUAGGGGGUAUAAGGGUAAAUUCGUCUUUUUAAGAAAGGUUUUAGCGAUGAGCUUUGGUUUGUUAGUCUGGUUCUAUGCUUUGGUUCGGUUUAGUGUUAUAAUUGUUUAACUAUUUUUAAGUGUGUUUUCAUUUUGCUCGGCUUUUACUUUUAUCUUCUUUUUUUUUUCUUUUUUAAUUAUCGAAUUCGUGGCUCUAUUUUAGUUUGUAAUUUGUAUGAAUGAAAAUGUACAGUUGAAGUUUUUUUCUGAGGGGAAAAAGAAUAUAAUUCUCGAAAAAA